AUGCAAACUUCAAUUUAUCGGACAAACUUUAUUGAGCAACAAAACUUAGAAAACUUUCAGAUCGCUUGGCUUGAUGCUAAUAUCAAUAAAACAGAUGAUAAUUCCCAAACAAUAUCUCGAUUACGUGCUACUAUUAAUUAUCUAAAUAUAUUUGAUAAUGUUUGGGACUGUUAUGACUACAUAGCCGGUGUUCAAAAUGAAAAAUUAUUUUUAAUUGUAUCAGUGCGUGGUGUAUAUACUAAUAUGAAUGAUAUUUGUGAGCAAUUAAGUAAAGAUGUCACCAGUUUACGUCAAUUCUUAUUCAUGAAUAUCCUUUCUACAAACAUAAAAGAAAAAGAAAUAAAUAAACAAGAAGCUUCAUUUAUGUAUUUUCAAUUGUUAACUGAAAUCUUAAUCGGAAUGGAACAUGAAGAUGAUGCAAAAACAAAUAUGAUUAAUCACUGUCGAUUACAAUAUAUUGGAAAUGAAAUCGAUUUAAAAUAUAUCGAUGAAUUUGAUAAGACUUAUAGUCCAAAUGAAGCCAUAUGGUGGUACACAAGACAUUGCUUUUUAUUUGAAAUAUUGAAUAAAGCACUUCGAAUUCAAGACAUUGAUAUUCUAUUUAAAUAUCGUUUCUUCUUCUUAACUGAUCUUCAUAAUCAAAUAAAACAAUUACAUUCAGAGUUUGUUCAAUCAUUUCCAACAAAAAAUAUCGACUAUGAACAAAAAACAGUGACUGUGUAUCGCGGCCAAGGCAUAAAUGUAGAUGAGCUUGAAAACCUAAUGAAUAAUCUUGGAGGGCUUUUAUCAUUCAACAACUUUUUAUCCACGAGUACCAAUCCAAAGGUAGCACUAAUGUUCCUACCAACUGGAUCGGAUCUUCAAUCUGUUCUUUUUGAAAUAAUUGCUGAAUAUCGUCAAGACACAAAACCAUUCUGUAGCAUUAAACAAAUAAGCAAAUAUAAUGAAGAAGAAGAAGUCCUUUUCUCUAUCGGAAGUAUAUUUCGAAUUGAAUCAGUUGAUACCCUCAGCAACGGAGUCAUGAAGAUAAGCUUGACAUUGACGACACAAGAGGACGAACAGCUCAAGCAAUUAAGACAACACGAUCGCAUGGAACUCGGAGAAAACUUAAACCUGAACUUCCUCGGACUACUCAUGAUAAGAAUGGGAGAAUAUAAGUACGCUCAACAAUAUUUCACAACAUCAAUUCAAAACCAUCAGCCAGCACACCCUAAUAUUUCACAAACCUACAAUUAUAUCGCACUAGUUCACGCUAAGAACGGUGAAUAUAAUAAACCACGAGAAAAUUAUGAAAGCACGCUCGAAAAUGCACUCAAGUCAUUUUCCUCCAAACAUCCAUCAUUAGCAACUACAUAUAAUAAUAUUGGAUUAGUUCACCAUAAGAAAGGUGGAUACGAUAAAGCAUUAGAGAAUUAUGAAAGGAAACUUGAAAUUCAAAUCAAGUCAUUCCCAUCCAAUCAUCGAUCAUUAGCAACCACAUACAAUAGUAUGGGAUUAGCUUUAAAAACAAAAGGCGAAUACGAUAAAGCAUUAGAGAAUUAUAAAAGGGCACUUGAAACUGAACUCAAGUCAUUCCCAUCCAAUCAUCGAUCAUUAGCAACUACGUAUACUCAUAUUGGAUUAGUUCUGCACGAGAAAGGUGAAUACGAUAAAGCAUUAGAGAAUUAUGAAAGGAAACUUGAAAUUCAAAUCAAGUCAUUCCCAUCCAAUCAUCUAUCAUUCGCAACUACCUACAAUAAUAUCGGAUCAGGAUUAAAUGCAAAAGGUAAGUACGAUAAAGCAUUAGAGAACUUUCAAAGGACACGAGAAAUUCAACUCCAGUCAUUGCCAUGCAACCAUCCAGCAUUAGCAACUACAUAUCAUAAUAUAGGAUCAGCUUUAGGGGCAAAAGGGGAAUACGCUGAAGCAUUAGAGAAUUAUGAAAGGGUACUUGACAUUGUACUCAAGUCAUUGCCAUCCGGUCAUCCAGCAUUAGCAGCUUCUUAA